UCUGCCCAGCAAGUACUCGGCUCGCUCGAUGUAUCCGGGAACUCGUACAAAUGCGAGAAUGGUGUAAAACCCACACCCAACUGUGUUGACUCGUCGGAGAAACCUACAUGCGCUUGUACUUGCAGCAACGGUAUUACCUUCAACCAGCCGCUCUCGCUGAACCCGCCAACCUGCCCAUCCGACGAAGUGUGCCAAAAAGCCAAAGACGAUUGUCUUUUGCGUGAGCAGCAACUGAGCGCCCAACUCACCGAA